CCGCAUACCCUUCAGUAUCCACCAUGGACCAGCAGAAAAUAAUAGAAUCGCUGAACAAUGAGUUUGAGGAUUUCUUGAAGUUUUGCAAAGGCAACUCCAUUUCGGAAAAGGACAUCAAUAGGAUUUGCUCUUCCUUGAAUUACCAACUGGACCUGCGGCAGUGGAAGAAAGUUGGAUUACUAGCGGGGCUGAGCUUUUUGUGCAUAUGGCUUUGCCUCAACGUGGAUUUCUUGGAGUGGAGUAUUUCGGCAGUUGGACGAAUUCUGAUGAUAAAACUUCUCCCCAUCUAUGACUGGACGAAUCUCUACAAUGCCAACUGCUUAGUUUCUUACCAGACGGAAGAUUUGCAACAGGUGGGGGCAUCUAGCAAUGAGGAUUCGGAGGAGAUAAAUAAGAGGAAUUGUGCUUUGUGCGAAAAUCUAGAUUACGUUGAUGACAUUCCUGAUGCAACCUUCCAUUACGUUGAAGAGCAAUAUUUGGAAAAAGGACAUCCUGUCAUCAUAACAGACUCACACAGCCCAAUUGCGUUUGAGGCACUCAUUCAUAAAAUUACAUCGGACGAAAGCUACAUCGAAACUGAUCCAUGUGAUGUGGAAUCUAGUUUCAUGCUUAAACGAUUCGCAAAUUUGGAUGACUUCCUUCGAAAGGCUCGAUCAGCGAACAGAAACGAGUCUUGGUUCUUCCAUCUUCGAAACUGCCAAUUUGAAGGGGUCAAGUCGUCCAGAAAAUUCAUUCCCAAGCCACAAUACUACGCAACACAUCUGGCCCCGUUCUAUUCAAGCUGGCUGCUGAUGUCAUUUGGAAUUGAGGCUUCAGAGAAAACACUUUUUAUGGAAGGACUUGUCGCUGUUAUGCAAAUGUGUGGAGAACUGGAGAUUGUUCUGACUGCCAAAAACCCGUGCCUGGAUAUGUGUGGACAGCAUCGAAUUAUUCUCAAUGAAGGAGAAGCACUUGUAUAUUUGACCGACCUUUGGAAGUUCUCCUACAUUUUAAAUAAUCGUGAUCACUCUUCAACUGUUAUAACGGAAACUAAAUGGGACUAAGAGAACCUAAAUGUCAGUUAUUGUAUAAUCCAACUUAUCCAAAGUUUAAAGGUGUUACCAAUAAAUAUUU